AUGCGGGCAUCUGGGUUGAGCGGCAAAACAGAUGAAGAACAAGUCAACACCUUCAUAUACAUCAUUGGAAGCCAGGCAGAAGACAUUCUACUUUCCUUUGGAUUAACCGAUGGUGACUCGAAGAAGUUUUUAUUGGUUAUGGAGUUUGACAAUUAUUUUGUUAUCCGCCGUAAUGUCAUUUAUGAACGCGCCAUGUUCAAUUCAAGGAAACAAGAAGAAGGUGAGCCGGUUGACACAUUUAUCACUUCGCUUUAUGCAUUGGCCGAACACUGCAAUUUCGGUGCACUACAUGAUGAACUAAUACGUGACCGCAUUGUAGUUGGGAAAACAGUUAAGCAAGUUAUAACCGAACCAGACAACAAUGCGGCAAACUUUCUCGGAGCUGUGUCAGCCAAUGUAACAUUCAACGAUGCCAAAAAUAGCAGCAAAAGAUGGUCAGCUGAGGUAGCUGUGAAUGAAAUGAAUUCACUCCUUCCUGUGGACCAAGUGUUUUGCGGUCCAAGUAAAAAUAAACUUCAAACAAAGGGUAUGUUCCGAGGUGAGUUAGUCUAUUUACAGGAGCGAAAGUUUGAGACAAUCUAUGUUGUAAACGGCUUGGCACAGCCUCUUUUGAGUCUAUUAGCUUGCGAAUACCUUGGGCUAGUCAGACGCAUCAACCACGUGGAAAAUCAAACAAAAUUGCAACCUACACAAGAGUUCGCCAAACUUUUCAGUGGACUGGGUACAAUAAACGAGCCAUACGACAUCAAACUGGAAGAUGAUGCCGUUCCAUUCGCUAUUCACACACCUAGGCGCGUGCCAAUUCCGCUUCUAAGUAAUCUGAAGAAGCAAUUGGACGACAUGGUGCUUCAAGGUGUGAUCGAACCGGUAGAUAAGCCAACCGACUGGUGCGCUCCGAUGGUCAUCACUUCUAAGAAGAAUGGAGACAUCCGCGUCUGCGUUGAACUGACACGGCUCAAUAAAUUCGUUAAAAGGGAGCGUCAUCCUAUGCCUUCUGUCGAGCACACCCUAGGACAGCUGACAGGAGCAAAAAUUUUCAGCAAGCUAGAUGCCAAUAGUGGGUUUUGGCAAAUAAAACUCACCGAAGAGUCAAAACUACUAACUACAUUCAUCACACCCUUCGGGAGGUUUUGUUACAACCGUCUUCCAUUCGGUAUAACUUCUGCUCCACAACACUAUCAGAAGAGAAUGUCCAGCAUAGUCCGAGGGUUGGAAGGAAUCCUUUGUCAAAUGGACGAUAUUCUUGUGUGGGGCAGCUCAGUUAACGAACACGACAAAAGACUUCGUCUAGUACUACAGCUUCUUCAAAUCUCAGGGGUCACACUCAAUGAUGCUAAAUGUCAGUUUGGGGUUCAACGCAUCAAGUUCCUCGUGCACAUUCUCGAUGAAGAUGGCGUGCACACAGAUGGCGAUCGUAUUAUAGCUAUCAUCAACAUGGAAUGA